CGGGGAAUGGAUUCCUUGCUUCGAGCUUAAAAUAUGAUGGAACGGCUCGAUAGGGUUCUUCCGGUCCGAGAUCACCCCGUCCCCUUUUGCUUCGUCGCCCCGCAAGGAUGUCGCAAACAAAAGAAGUGAGGUAUACUUCUCGAUCAGUGACACCUCCCCCAAGUAGACGUAGCAAAUCAAUAACUCCAUCUCGAUCAAGGUCGAGGAGUCGCUCCAGGAGCCAAGAUUUUGAUUCAAGUAAUCCUGGAAACAACUUGUAUGUAACAGGCUUAUCCACACGAGUAAGCAGCAGUGACCUUGAGAAAUAUUUUAGCAAAGAAGGAAAGGUUUCGGAAUGCCAUGUGAUUGUGGACCCUCGCACAAGGGAAUCUCGUGGUUUUGGUUUUGUAACAAUGGAGACUGUGGAAGGUGCCGAGCGCUGUGUUAAGUACCUAAACCGUUCUGUACUUGAAGGCCGUUUAAUCACAGUGCAGAAGGCAAAAAGGAAGCGUGGAAGGACACCAACUCCUGGAAGGUAUCGUGGUGCCAGAGAAAGAAGAGGUCGUGAUCGUAGGCGCUCUCGAAGCUAUUCACCAUACUGGUCACGUCGUAGGGAUCGCUCGCGAUCACGCACUCGUUCUCGCUCACGCUCAAGGGGUCGGCGAGACCGAUCCUACUCACCAUAUGCAAGGGAAUCUCAUAGGAGGCGCAGGGAACGAUCCUCGUCGCGGACAAGCGACCGCAAAUCCAACUAAGAACUACUGUGAAGACAAGAAUUUAGAUUGGUUUGCUUCAUCCGCAAUGUCUUCCAGACACAAUGCCAUAAUGCUUUCUGUAUUCAUGGGAACCCCUGUGAACUAAGUUCCAACUAUCCAUUGUUCACUUUUACCCCAUACUAGUUUGGACUGUCAUAUUUCACAUUCUCAGGUGCAAGGUUUAAGAAAGUUGUACAUUGUUUUGCCGUUUACAGACUUUGUUAAGGCUAUCCUAAAAUCUAAUAGCACGUUAUCGUGAGAUGUAUCUUUAA